AUGAAGUUAUAUUGUUGGGGAGCUAAUAGUUAUGGUCAACUAGGACUAGGAUAUAGGUCUGAGGAAGAAAUUUCACCAAAAGAAGUUUCCUUACAAAACUGUGAUUUUGAAGCAGAUGAUAUUGUCUCAAUUGCUGGGGGAGCUGGACAUACUUUGAUAUUGGAUAACAAAGGCUUUGUCUAUUGUUGUGGAUGGAACUCAAAAGGUCAACUAGCUCUUUCAGAUGACAGCCUCAAGUUAACCCAAAUAGAGAUCUUAAAGGAAUUUAAGAUAGUUCAAAUUUCAUGUGGUUGGGAUUUUAGUGCUGCUGUGUCAGAAUGUGGAAAACAGUUUGUGUGGGGAAACAAUGGUAAUACUCAACUAGGUCUAUCAAAAAGUAUAACCUGCACGGGAAUUCCAUCAAGACUGCAAGUUUCACAGAAACUAGCUACUGGUUUUAAACAUGUUAGCUGUGGAUUGAGGCAUAGUGCUAUGAUAACAAAGGACGGAGGACUUGUAGUUGCUGGUACUGGAGCCAAAGGUCAAUUAGGGCUAGGUGAUAAUUUUGAUGAUAAUAACUAUCUAAGUAUAUCCAGAGUUCCUGAUUUGAGUGAUGUUAUUAGUGUGGCAAGUGGGCAGCACCAUACUGUAGUUCUUAAAGACAAUGGUACUGUACUUAGUUGGGGUGAAAACAAGUUUGGCCAACUUGGGGUGAAUCCAAAUGUAGCAAACAGUUUUGUACCACUAGAGGUGUUCAACAAUGAAGGUUUGAAGACUGUGUUUGCUGGUUGGACUCACAGUGCAGGUUUAACCACUAAUGGAGAAGUCUUUACAUGGGGUAGAAAUAAUUAUGGACAAUUGGGAGCCGAAAGAGAAAAGCCAUAUGAACCAGAAAAGAUUCCAACACUGAACAAUGUGAGUCAAUUAAGUUUAGGCUCAGAACAUAACUUGGCUGUGACAGCAGAAGGAAAGUUGUUCGCAUGGGGCUGGAAUGAUCAUGGGAAUUGUGGUACUGGAGACAAAAAGGAUGUUAAGAUACCAACUCACAUUCUAGCUAAUAAAAAAGUUAAGUCUGCUUUUGCUUGUACUGGUAGUUCAUUUGCUGUUGUUGAAUAG